AUCCGCUGGCCAGUCAACGCCGAGCGCUGAGCCCGAGCGGCCGCGAGUUUCACUCAACAACAAAAGCAAAAACACAUUUUACAAAAAUGUUUAAAAUUAGCGCUAUGUAAAAACGGAAAGCAAAAUCAACUUGGAGAAUUGCGCCGGCACAGUGGCUGCCGUUAGUCAAGGAAUACACACACACAGCACUGCUGACCAUGCCCACAACGUCGCCGCCGCCCAAUCGACGGCAGCUGCUGCGCAGCGUUGAGAGCUUACGCGGACGCGUUUUUCAAAUAUUAAAUUGUGUUAUUAAUUUGCACAUUGAAUUUUUGGUGCUCGAAUCGAAUGUGGCCGCAUUGCUGGAUGAGGUGAGAUGCCUGAACGAUGACUACGCCGAGGUGCAGCGCUUGGAUCAGCUGAUCGAGGCGCUGCGGGACUACGGUGGACCCACCAUAUGCCAUGAGUGGCCAUAUCCUUUGAUUUUUAAGGGCACAAUCGACGAGGCACACGUCGCACAAAUACUCAACACAACGGAACUAGUUCCGGAGCCAUCGCCAACAACAGUCAGUGCCAAGGAUGAGCUGUUAAAGCAGACUGAAGCGAGCGAGCUGGCUGGCCUAAGCAGACGUUCAAAACUGUGGCGGUUCACGCGAACUAGAUCAGCGGCGCGAAAAACAGAAGAAGCUAGUCCAAGCUGAUAAACAUUUGCGAGCUACUAAUGGAGUCGGAGGUCGACACAAUAAUCGAAAUCAUGACAGUCGACUAUAACUAGAUCAGCUCCUAGAAUAGAAUUAUUAACUAGUCUCAGCUGAUUGAGAGGUUUGUCUCUCGUAUUUACAUAAGUCUGUUUAGUUUACUUUCCCUAUAGUCUAUGUGAAGGAAUACCAAAAAAUAUAUGUUUAUGCUUAAGCGAUAAAUGUCAAGCUAA